CCGUGCUUAUCUUGAUCUGCUUAUCUGUGGAGCGGCCAGCGGUGGGAUAAAGUGCGUGAUAUUUUCACUUUUUCUCAAUAUUCUUAGUGUUCCACAAGAGCAAACAGCUCAAUAAUCAAUUCAUCACUUAUAAUCUGCAUUGGCUUUUGGAUGACACAGCAAUGGCCUCUUCCUUUACUACUACUCAGCAGCAGCUGCACCCAAUGUCGCUGGCGUCGGUGCUGUCGGCGCCGCUGGCCGGGCGCGGCGAGCUGCUCGGCCGACUGUUCGCCGAGUCGCCCCUGAAGGAGCUGGCCGCCAUCUACCCGGUCCUCCUGGAGGAGGUGUUCGGGUUCGGCGGCCGGCCCGGCUGGAACCUGCAGCUCAUCACGCGCAAAUGCCACCCGGUGGAGUUUGAGAGGGUGCGCGCGCUGUUGCAGCCGACGGGUCCGCUGUUUAGUGUCAUCUACCGACUGAUGGCGGAGCCGCACGUCACCUACGAGUUCCCGGCCGCCUGUCUGCCGGGCGGCUCGGUAGGCGGCGGCGGCGGCGCCGUCUCUGCGCUCUCCUCAGGCCAGUGGUCGCUGCUCAGUCCCCAGUCGGCUGCCGGCGCCGGCGCGCCCGCCUGGGGCGGCUCGCUGAUGCUCAGCCCGUUCGAGCUGUACCUGCACCACUUCUGCUACUUCCUACUGAACCCGGCGCAGCAGGCGGCGCCCAUCGCCUGGACCUCGCCCGGCGACGCCCUCUAUCCGACCCUGCUCGAGGACCUGAUGGCGCACUUCCUGCCGUGCGGCGGCGGCUGGGUACCGGCGCUGCCGCAGCCCACGGCGCACCGGCACCUGCACCAGCUGCACCACCCCGGACUCGGUCUGACGCCGGAGCCGCGGCGCCAGGUGACGACGCCGCCGCGUCUGCUGCUGCGGAGCUCGCUGCUGCGGCCGGCCAGUCCGGGCGGCGCGGGCGGCUCGCCGGCCGCCGGCGGCCUCUCCCACGGUCACGGCCACCUGCCUGAGACGUGGCGCAGCGAGACGCUGCUGAGGACGCUGGCCGCCUUCUGGCUGGAGACGGGCGCGCCGGGCGGCGACCAGCGGCCGCCAUCGCCCGGACAGAAUGACUCCUUUUCUGCCAAGUCGAUUCUGUACGACCUUGACCCGCGCGUGGCCAGUCACGACCACGUGCGCGUGGUGCGCAUGCUGGUCAAACACAUGCACUUUUUCGCCAACACGCCGCACCAGCUGCCUGGUCUGGCUGAGUUCAAAAGGCAGGUGCAGUCGAUGCUGCAGAAGAAGCUGUACGCCUUCCUGCGUCACACCAUCCAGCACUGGCCGACCGACACGUCGUUCCGUCUGGUUUUGGAGACGUGGCUGAGCUACAUCCAGCCGUGGCGCUACACCGACUACACCAACAGAAACAGGUCCCCGAGCCAGUCGGGCCAGCCGCGUGAGUCGGAUCGCGCCGUGGACGGCUCGUGGGCGCGCUUUGUGGCCGAGAACCUGCUGUUCUACGUAACGAUAUUCCGUCAGCUGCUGCCGCGCCUGCAGCGGAUGGAGCUCACCGUGCCCAAGUACGCCUACAUGGUGUUCCGGCUGGCCAAGGUGAUGUGCCAGCCGGGUCUGUCCGAUCUGAUCCACUCGGCCGAGGAGCUGCGGGUCGGCAGCCGGUGGCCGGGCGCCGGCCGCUCGGCCGCCGCGCCCGCCGGCGGACACUCGGCGCUACUGUACGCUGCCUCGGUCGGACAGCACAUCAUUGACCUGGAGGAGCCCGGCUUCACCUACCAGAGCCUCAUGGACGCCUCGUGCACGCAGCAGGUACACGCCCUGGUGCGCCGGCUGCUGGAGGCUCGUGCCGAGCUGCAGGCCCGGCUGGCGGCCGUGUCGCCGCCGCCGGCCGAGUCCGGCUCGCUGUGGGCCGGUCUGCUGUCGGCGCUGGGCGGCCGCACGCCUCACCUGACCGGCGCAGAGCUGUCUGGAGACGAGACGCGGCGCGCCGUGGUGCACCUUGAGAGCGCUGCCUCCCUGCUGGCCACAAUGUACAACCUGGAGGUGCCCGAGCCGGGGUCCGUGGUGUCCGACUCCCCGGCCACGCCGGCCGGCCAGCGUCUGCCCGGCACGCCGCUGCCGGGCCGACCAGCGGCCACUCCGCUGAUGGCCGGCCUGCUGACGCCGUCGGCGCUGCAGUCGCCGGCGGCGGCGCGCGCGGCCGGCCCCGAGACGGAGCUGACGCCCAACGGCCGGUGUCUGACGGCGCGCGGCCGCCGCCAGCUGCUGAGCGGCCUGUGGCGCGGCGACGUCACCUUCCAGGGCGACCCGGAGCGUCGGCCGGCGCAGAGCUGGGAGAGCGCCGGCCUGCUGCGCCUUCUGCAGACCGUCGCCGCGCACAUCAACAAAACGUACGGCGCCGAGCUGGCGGCGCUCUACCAGCGGCCCGACCUGGCCGGCUACGCGGCGCGCUGUGUGCUGCUGCCGCCGGCCGUGUUCUACGAGCUGGAGCGGCGGCCGGGCGGGCGCAGCGAGCGGCUGGCCGUGCCGCGGCCGGCCGCGCUCACACUCCGGCCGCUGGCCGACCAACGCUGUCUGGCGGCGCUGGCCGGCGCCGUGCUGGUCGCCCUGGGCGCCGGACUGUCUCCCAGCACGGCGCUGGUGCUGGUGCUGCUCGUGCUGCCGGUGCUGCUGCUGCUGCUGGCGGCGGCGCUGCAGAUGACCCGGGACUGGUGGCGGGGCUCGCCGCCGGCCGAGCUGGCCAGUCCCCAGCGCUGACUGGCCGGUGGACAGACGGUCCCCAGGGGUCAGCGAUACCGCCUGUCAAGCUGGGCAUUCACCUACGGACUGACUGAGAGCGAGUCACCGCCCCGGCGCCGACUGUGUGAGUACCAACCGGCUUUUUAAUACCCAGUCAGAGGCGCCGGAUGUUACUGCCUGCCUCACCCGUUAGUCAGCACUGCCCGGGAGCUGAUUUGUUCUAUAGGAACGGACCAGCUCCAACGCCGACUUUCCGCCCAAGUGAUCUAACUUUACGCUGACUCGAGUGGUCCGCUCGUGGUCGCCUGUGAUCGGUAGUGCCGCGUCUGUGCGCAUGAUAUGCCCGUCUUCGUUUAUCCAUGUCUCUUCGCUUCUCUGUCUAUGUCUGUUUGUGAAGGUGGGCAGUGGCCGGGUGGGCUGAGGACAGCUGUCCACCAGUCGCUGGCCGCUUAGUACGAACGGCGGAGAUCGGGGUGGCGAAUCGCGCGACCUCCUGCGGUGUUUUAACUGUGCCAGGGGAGACGGGUGAACCCGAGCCGAUGUGAUGCCUAACCCCAGUCGCAUUGUCGAUGAUGCAUUAUUCUGAAAAGUGAUAGCUUUGUACUGAGGCGUGAAGGAAUGAUGAAUACAACAGUUUAUGUAUCA